CUAAAACCUAAUGAAGCAUUUUAAUCAUCCAUAUUGGCAAAACUGAUUUGAAAUGUUAUUCUAUUUUUUCCCAUGAAACAUAUUUUAACAAGACUUAAUAUUGUUACUCGGUGCCGUAAACCGUUUUGAACUGUGGUAUUCCAGUUCCUGGGGUUUGAACGGAAUGGUACAAAAAUGAGGAUGUGCAAAGAAAGUGUUUUAUCUUAUACGUUUUUGAUACUAUCUUUUGGAGGAAAUUAUAUUCUCGCUCUUCAGGAUGUAACGGCCGAUUUAUUCGGGUCUGAAUCUUAUGGAACUGUCGCUGCAUUUGGAGAUUUUAACUCAGACAAACAGACUGAUAUUUUCAUCAUUAGACAACAAUCUGAGCUUGUCAUUUUCCUGGCCGACCUGAAAGCGCCCUACUUCAAACCAAAAGUACACAUACAGAAAGACCAACUCCCAAAGGACUUCAUCAUUAGCAGCGUGGUUCCAGGAGACUACGAUGGAGAUUCGAAAAUGGACGUCCUUCUCACCGCACAUCCGAAGGGCAGCUCUGAUUUUGAGACCACCGUCUUAGUUUUCUGGGGAAAUAAUCAAACUAAUGAUACUGGUGGAAGUAUUCAGCUGAAUAUGACAUUUAUUGAUGAGCCCCUGGUUAUGGACUUUAAUGGUGACAUGAUUCCGGACAUAUUUGGUGUCGUCAAGGGGGUAACUCAAGUAUGCUAUCUGAAAGACAGGAAAAUGGCGUGGCAUUCAGCUCUGGGCGUUCUGAUGAAGAUGCACAUUCCCCAUUCAAAUGCCUUCAUUGACCUCAACCAGGACUUCACUGCUGAUCUGUUCCUCACCAUGUCGGACUCUGAGCCGCCCGCCCUCGCACCCGUCAUCUUUCAGACGUGGAUAAACAAGGAUGGGAACUUCACUAAAACCUCAGCUCUGAAGACGCUAGACAGCUUCAAGAUAGUGGGCCAGUCUGCUUUCAUUGACUUCGAUGGAGAUGGAAAGCAGGAUCAGCUGCUGCCGGUCUGCAUGGACACCGCGUGUCAGAGAAGCGCCAUCUACCUCUCCAAGGCUGGGGAGAGCGAGUGGUUCCCCGUCCUGACGGAGUUCCAGAAGAAGGACACCGUGUGGGGCUUUGUCCCGCCCACCGCGGGCGAGCUCCACGCCCCCAUCACGCUGCACCUGGGCGACUACAACCUGGACGGCUUCCCGGACGCGCUGGCCAUCCUGCGCAACGUCAGCGGCAGUGGUCAGAGGGCCUUCCGCUGGAGACGUGAGCUGCAGCACAGCGCUGCAGGGGGCGAUUCCGAGCGGGACUGCAGAGGUGCCAGGGCGUGGUGGCCACUUCUCGACAUCUACGAACUUCUCUCUCUGCAGGGGAUCUUGGAUAUGAUCGUGCUGACCAAGGGGGUACCGAACGGCGAGCUGGCCAUCCACGCCCUGAAGAACAACUUUGAGGCCGACGCCUACUUCGUCAAAGUGAUCGUGCUCAGUGGGCUCUGCUCCAACGACUGCCCGGAGAAAGCGAAGCCUUUCGGAGUGAACCAGCCCGGGCCCUACGUCAUGUACACCACGGUGGACUCCAACGGCAACCUGAAGAACGCCUCCGCCGGUCAGCUCUGUCAGUCCGCCCACCUCUCCCUGCAGCUGCCCUACACCGUCCUGGGUCUGGGGCGCAGCGCCAACUUCCUGGACCACCUGUACGUGGGCAUCCCGCGCCCGCCCGGGGACAAGGACAUUCGGAAGCAGGAGUGGACCGCCAUAAUCCCGAACUCCCAGCUCAUUGUCAUCCCGUACCCACACAACGACCCACGCAGCUGGAGUGCUAAGCUGUACCUGACUCCCAGCAACAUUGUGCUCCUGACGGCCAUCGCACUCAUCGGGGUGUGCGUCUUCAUCCUCGUCAUCAUCGGUAUCCUGCACUGGAAGGAGAAGAAAGCAGAUGACCGGGAGAAAAGGCAGGAGGCCCACCGCUUCCAUUUCGACGCCAUGUGAGCAGGGGGAGGGACGACCACCUCGGAGACGCCACCACAGGGGCAUUGUGGGAAAACCAGGCGCCCUUGUCCUCCGCGUUUUAUACAAGCUUUUAUCCCGAUACCUUUUAUUUAUUUCAACCGUUGAUCUCUGAAAGAUGAUACGCUCACGCGGUCCGUUUGCAGAAAUCUGUCGCUGUUUCCACACCCCAGUCCACCAAUGGGAAGGUCCGUGUCCCUGACCCCAAGAAAUGUAACCGGUCAGUGUCUUUCCAGGGUGUGGCUUGAGCCUCGGCGAGAGAUUCAAAUAUCCCUCCACACCCCCCGAUUGGUUAGCCACAUUUUUUUUAGGGCUAGCGGCAAAAAUUCUUGAAAGUUCUAUCUUCCUUUGCUGUCCAUCCCCCCAGUACCAUGUUGGUUAGUUGCCCCAAGAUGAAGCGACAGAUCAGAUUCUUUUCCCGAUGUUAGCUCAACGCUAACGGCCAGACUGGCGUGCGGAAGCAGCAGCUGAUUUUGCGCAAACGUGGGAACCUGCCGUGAGGAUAAUGGCAGGCUUGGAAAGCCCACCUGUCAGUUCUGUAACUAAUUAGAGUCCAGGAGCCCGCCGCUAAUUUCCGCCAUUUCAUUAGUAGCUGUAGCAGUGAACGUAACAGCGGUGAAGCUCGUCUCCAUUUUUAUUCACGUUCCGGGCUUUCGGAUUCAGAAGCGCAGCCUGAAUGUUUACGUUGAACUCAACAGCAGAGCUUAUCUUUGCACUAAGUGGAGGCUUUUCGACUGUCGUGUCACAUAUUUGUUGCUUUGAUGUGGACUUCAGAUAGUUCCGUUUCUGUCCGCGGGCUGUUCAUGAAUUAGCAUUAAUAGAUUUUGCCACAUCGCGACUGCGUUCCCGUCUCGUCUGACAUGGUGGAUCACUGUGACACGCUGUAUGAACAGUGUCCUAUUUUAACGCAUUGAUGUCUUUCCCGUAUACAGCCUGCUCCUGAAUGCUUUUUCCACUGCUCUCUUUCUAGGUACUUCACAUAACUUGCGUUUUUGCAUAUCCUUGCCGAGGCAGAUAUUUACUGAAGUAUUUCUUACAUGAAUCUCCACCGUCCUGUGCAUAAAUGCUGUUCUCUGACCACCACUGAUACUGAUCUCUGAUUCUGGUACCAUACCCAGCCACAUAGCCCAUUCCCACACUGAUACCAUACCCAGCCACAUAGCCCAUUCCCACACUGAUACCAUCCCCAGCCACAUAGCCCAUUUCAGCACUGAUACCAUACCCAGCUACUUAGCCCAUUCCCACACUGAUACCAUACCCAGCUACUUAGCCCAUUCCCCCACUGAUACCAUACCCAGCAACAUAGCCCUUUCCCACACUGAUACCAUACAUGGUUAGCAAACCCAUGACAGCUUUGAAGUCAGUCACAGCCCUCCUAACGGGACAUGUACUACUGAACAUUUGUGUUGUUGUUGUUAUUGCAAAUACUGGACCUGGAAAAUCUUGUUUGUGUUUAAUUGUGUUGAAACAUGAUAUGCAGUCUUUUUUAGGUGCCAAAUGCUCUCCAUUUGUAUUGUUUUAAUGGUAUCUGCCAACUGAGAAGUCUAACAACUGUUGUGAAUGGUAUUCUACACUGGAAAGUUUUUUUCUUUUUUUAGUAUUUCAAUUUAUUUUGUAUUUAUUUUCUUUUUUGCACUUUUGUGUCAUAAUUGACAGGAUUAUAAAUAUGUUCACUUUACAACAAAAAUGACCUUUACAUGUGAUAUUUCCCUAAAAAUCGAUUAGCGCUGAUACAAUGAAAUUUGAGUGUGUAUUCAACACUUUGAAGUUAAAGCACAAAGAUAUUUGCUGUAAUAUAGCCCCAGAAUUGUGAAUUGUGAUUGUAUAUAAUAAGGAAGGCGAGUGUUGUAAGUAGUGUCCUGCCAGCACAGUGUGCAAGCUCUCAGUAUAAUAAAAGAGCCUCAUUGGCUAGUGUGGACUGUGAGUAUUAGCACUAUGGGACUGCAGACAAUUAGCUAAAGCCUCCCCCAGGCAGGAAAGUUGUAAAUAGCCCUCUGAUUGGUCGGACACCAGCAGUCUGCCUAGGUCAUUUGCAUUAGUUGUAGUUACAAUAUAAAAGAUCAUUGGCCACUAGUUUUUCCAGAGGUUUCCCAAGUUGACGAAGGAUUCUUCAAGAAGUGGCCUACAAAUACUGUUGGAUGUUUCAAAUUUGGAGGAAAAAGAAAAAUGGGGUAUUUAAAGUUACUUAAUAUGACCUAUGGAGGGAGCGUAUACGAUUUGAAAGAACUGAAAUGGAAGCAUUGCAUCUGGGUUCGCAUCUAAUUUCUGAUCUGUGAUGUUCUUGACCAUCUCACCAGUCCAGUAAAGUUUAAGGGAAUGGUAAAAAAAACACAAGUGAGGAUGCUUUAUUUAAAAAAAUUCUUUAUCAUAAUUUUCCCCCUCAUAUUGACUAUGACUGCGUGGGAUAACUGAAAGGUCAACUGAAUUAUCCUCCAAACUCAAAUAACUUAACCACUGUCGUGUGGGCUACUCCAUGAUUUGCACAUUAUUUGUAAUUUGCAAUGCCAUUUUGCUUGUGUUGAUGUUAAUUUAAUUUCUGUAUCGAUUCCUUGGUGUGAAAAAUGAAAAUGAUUGGUUGUUAGAAUUAUUGGUGUAUAACUGGUUUUGGUCUUGGUCUUGUUAUUGGAAUGUUUUGAUUGAGAAUAAAUCAUAUGAUAAAACGUG